CACUUACUGCAGAAGUCUAGAUCUAUUUAUUUUUCUUUCCCUCUCCGACCUCAGCUCUUGUUUUAGGGUUUCAGGUUUCUACUCUCUGUCGAGUUCUUGACAUGGCGGGUGCUGGAAUCCACCCCUAUCACCAGCAAUGGCCUUCGGCAGCAGCUCCUCCGCCCCCACCAGUCCCUGCAGCGGCCGCUCCUCCACUUCCGCCUCCUGUCCACCAUCCUCCUCCACCUGCUCCCUCUCAUGACGAGGUUCGGACUAUCUUUAUUACAGGUCUUCCUGAAGACGUCAAAGAGAGAGAGCUACAGAAUUUACUGAGAUGGCUUCCGGGUUAUGAAGCUUCGCAAGUGAACUACAAGGGAGAAAAGCCUAUGGGUUUUGCUCUCUUCUCGAGCGCACAACUUGCAGUUGCCGCCAAAGAUUCCCUUCAGGAAAUGGUUUUUGAUGCUGAGUCAAAGUCUGUAUUGCACAUAGAGAUGGCCAAGAAGAAUCUAUUUGUUAAAAGAGGAAUAGUAACAGAUUCUAAUGCAUAUAAUCAAAGCAAAAAUCUUUGCGAAACUGGUGUGAUAUCACACAAUGCUUAUGCAACUCCUCCUCCAUUUCACCUCCCUCCUGCUCCUGUUUGGGGACCACAUGGGUAUAUGGCUACAACUCCACCUCCAUAUGAUCCUUAUGGAGGUUAUCCUCUUCCUCCUCCACCAAUGCCUACAGCUGCACCUGUGCCAGCUCCUAGCAGUUAUGUGCCUGUUCAGAAUACCAAAGAUAAUCCUCCUUGCAAUACCUUAUUUAUUGGCAAUCUUGGAGAGAAUAUUAAUGAGGAAGAACUAAGGGGCCUAUUCAGUGUUCAACCUGGUUUUAAGCAAAUGAAGAUUUUGAGACAAGAAAGGCAUACUGUUUGCUUUAUAGAGUUUGAAGAUGUGAAUACUGCAACCAAUGUGCAUCACAGUUUUCAGGGUGCUGUGAUUCCUAGUUCUGGUUCUGUUGGCAUGCGAAUACAAUAUUCCAAGAAUCCUUUUGGUAAAAGGAAGGACUCCAGCCAUCUUGUUGCUUCUCCUGGGGCAAAUGGGGCUCCAUCAGCUAUGACUUACCAGUAGAUCAAGGGGAUAUUCUCUGUUUUCUGUGCUCCGACAAAUACAACUGCUACAUGCUAGGAUGCAUCUUGCAGCUAUUACAUGCAUCCAUUUCAUUGUCAACAUCAGCAUUAGUAUCUCUUCUCAUGUGUUUGAAUGCACAUAUCUGUCAUGAACACACCAUAUGCUCGUGUUAUAUCAAUUUACCUAAGACAUGCAUUUGUCUGCAGCAUUUGUUAUGCGAGGUUUACUUUUAGGGUUUCAGAUAACUUUAAUAUUUGUAGAAGUAGCGCAUUAUCUACAGUUUUGGUUAAUUUGAGUGCUAUUCCACCUCAUGCUGAAGAUUGACCAUACCAUGAUGCUGGACUUCUGUUUUUCUGUAUUAGAUUGAACCGCAUAACUCUGCAUGCAUUUGGAGUUUAUCCAAAUACAUUACAUUAUUAACAUGACAUUCAAAGACGAUCCUCAGUUUCAUUUCAUGGCACUAUUUGAUUUAAAAGACCCAUAAAAUCAUUCCAUUUUUCAUUCUAUAUGUGGAAUUGUUAGAACCAUUGUCAUAGCGAUAGGCACUAUUCCUUCCAGUCAAGUGAAAAAAUGAUUGCCACGUUUUAAACAUAUUAAUGAUUGCCAUGUUUUUAACAUAUUAGGGGUCUUCAAAGCAUAAUUAUAGGAGCAAUUUUGGAAAUAUGUAUGCCACUAUGAUCUAAAUACAUUACAUUUGAAGAAAACCCGAUUUUGAUAACAUGGCACUAUUAUGAUCUGAAAAAAGUGUAGGAAGGCAUAUCAUGGUUCAUUUAUUAAGAGGAAGUAUUAUAACCAUUGCCAUAGCUUUAGACACCGAGUGAAGUGAGGGGAUGACGAUAAUCUUUUAAACAUUUAGGUUUUUGCUUUGUAAGAAGGAUAGAAAGAAAUGGGGACGGUAAACUUAAUAAUCUAAAUCUAAUGAUUAAAAUUUAUGUCCGCUUUCUUAUUUUGUAGAUUAACCAUUGGAUUAACAGUUUUUAAUUUUCAUCUCUCUUCAUCUUUUCUAUCAAGCAAAGUCUUAGGAUUUUCAAAGCAUAAUUAAGUAUUAGGAGAUGUAUGUGGCUGUGAUUUAUAUGCAGGAUAAGCUACUGUGCUGGAUGUGAACAGUGCUUCAGCUGAUAAUUUUGUUUCAGGUAACCUUUUAGUGGUAGUCAGUAGUCAAAAGUGAAAACAUCGUCCUAUGGAUGUUCAGCUGAGAGCUCUUAGGAAUAAAUGCUUGUUGGUGACAGUUCUAACUGCCAGUUUUUCAUAGGCUCUGUUUUUGGAGGAACUCUUUGUUGGGACGAUUUUGUACGUCAUUUGAUGCAGAAAAAUGAGAAAUGUAGUGUAGGGUGAAAAGAAACGAAAAAUAGAAAAAAAAAAAAAAAAGUGGUUAAUUAUGUUUGCACAUGCUGCAGUGAAUAAAAAUUUUCCAACGGUGGGUGAGUGGUUGUUUUUACUGCUUUGGUUAUAUAUAAUAUAAUAUAAUAUUUAUGAUCGAUUUUACUUAUCAAAUUGUGUUAAAAGUUUUUAUAGCGACAAAAUUUAGAAUUUAGUUCAUAUAU